CUGUGCAAUAUUUCUCCCUAGUCCAAGCAAUAUGCAUCCUGUUACUAAGGAAAGUUUACUUUUAGUUCUCGAAUAAACGUACCUUUUACAAAUGUAGCGACUCGACGACUGAACCAAAAUGCAAACCUACACCGUCUUUUCUUUAAUUUUUGGAGUCGUCACCCUCAUUUUAACAUCCUCUAUAUCUAAGGCGUCAGUUAUAAGCUGUCCGCCAAGCUCAUUUCAAGAACAAUCCAACCCCGCUCUGAGACAAUUAUGUUAUGCUAUUGAACAAGCCGUCGACGAAGUAGUGCCACAACAAACACAAUUUCCUGGAAGACUUGAAGAGAGGAACACCAACUUGAACGCUAAGAGACAAGAUGUGGAUCAUGUAUUCUUGCGAUUUGGAAGGAGAUUUGGUUUAUAAACGACUACUGGCUAAACGCUUCACGUUUUUUUUUGCUGUAAAAUAUUUAUAAGAUUCGAUUGUUUGAGCUUUUUAAUGAUUGUUUAUACAAUAUAUAAUUAAAAUAAAUUACUGAAAUGCCAAUAUUUUUUUUU